AUGACAGGCAAGCCCUCCCUUGUCUUUGUCCCCGGAGCAUGGCAUACUACCGAAUACUGGGGCAAAGUAGUAUCAGCCAUGGAAGCUCAGGACUAUAAAUGCAUACCAGUCACACUCCCAACCACACAAUCAACAAGCACCUCGGUCAACUUCUCUACUGAUGUCAACGCCGUUCGCGAGGCCAUCAUGGCAGAGACCACCAAGGAACAGGAUGUUGUUAUCUUGGCCCAUUCCUAUGGUGGCGCUGUCGGUGCUAGUGCCAUCAAGGGCUUGUCACGGAAGAAUUCAGAAUCCAACAAAGGCAAUGGCCAUGUUAUCGGUCUUUUCUUGAUCGGAACGGGUUUUGCCGCUCCUGGAAUGACCUUCCUAGAAGCUAUCGGUGGCAAGCCUCCACCAUUGUGGGCUGCCGACUAUGAGAACAAUACGAUGCCCCUCCAACUCGACCCAAUCGAAAUGUUUUACCACGACCUCCCCGAGGACGAAGCAAAGUACUGGGUGGGAAAGCUCACCGAUCAGGCGUUGACGUCUGUGACUGACGGAUACGAAGUCGCGUAUGCAGGGUGGAAAGAUGUGCCUGUGUGGUACAUUAUCCUUGGAGAGGACAGGAAUCUACCAGUGGAGGUACAGAAGAUGUUUGCGCAGUCUGCGGAAACGGCUGGAGCCGAUUUAGUUGUGCGCGAGAUUAUGAGUAGUCAUUCUCCAAUGUUGAGUAAGCCCGAUGACACUGUCAAGGCUCUGGAGGAUGCGAUUGCAGCGUUUAACAGUAAAUAA